AUGAUAGCUGUCUGGGUGCUGGGGGGAGUGCUGUGCCAAGAUCCUGAGCCCCCCCAUGGCUGUUCCCAAGGUAGCUGUUACCCAAGCACAGGAGAUCUGCUGGUAGGUCGGGCUGAUCGCCUCUCUGCCUCCUCCACCUGUGGUCUGCGACAUCGCCAGCCCUACUGUAUUGUCAGCCAUUUGCAGGAUGAGAAAAAGUGUUUUGCUUGUGACUCUCGCCGGCCCUAUGAUCCCUUGUCAAAUCCUAACAGCCAUCGCAUUGAGAAUGUGAUCACUACUUUUGCACCACACCGUAAGAAGGCCUGGUGGCAGUCUGAGAAUGGUAUGGAACAGGUGAGCAUCCGCCUGGACCUGGAAGCUGAGUUCCACUUUACUCACCUCAUCAUGACUUUUAAGACCUUCCGGCCAGCGGCCAUGUUGGUGGAGCGUUCGGCAGAUUUUGGCCGCACCUGGCAGGUGUAUCGUUACUUUGCCUAUGACUGUGCAGCAUCAUUUCCUUAUGCAUCCCAGGGACCCCUGAGGCGGGUUGAUGAUGUUAUCUGUGAGUCCCGUUACUCGGACAUUGAGCCCUCUACUGAAGGGGAGGUAAUUUACAGGGUGCUAGACCCAGCUAUACAUAUCCGUGACCCGUACAGUCCCAGAAUCCAGAAUCUUCUGAGGGUCACCAACCUACGGGUGAAUUUGACCAAACUGCACACACUGGGAGACAACCUGCUGGAUUCACGACGGGAGAUCAAAGAGAAAUACUACUAUGCUGUGUAUGAGAUGGUCCUCCGAGGCAACUGUUUCUGCUAUGGACAUGCCUCAGAGUGUGCCCCCCUGUCUGGAAGCCCUGCAGAUGUUGAGGGCAUGGUGCAUGGGCGCUGUGUCUGUAAGCACAACACCAAGGGGCUUAACUGUGAGCAGUGUGACAACUUCCACCAUGAGCUUCCAUGGCGCCCAGCUGAAGGACGCCGCACGAAUGCCUGCAAGAAAUGCAACUGCAAUGAGCACUCACAUCUGUGCCACUUUGACAUGGCUGUGUACCUAGCCACAGGCAACAUCAGUGGCGGCGUCUGUGAUGAGUGCCAGCACAACACCAUGGGACGCCACUGCCAACUCUGCAAGCCCUUCUACUACAAGGACCCCACCAAGGACAUCCGUGACCCUAAUGUGUGCCAUGCCUGUGACUGUGACCCUGAUGGCACCUUAGAUGGCGGUGUGUGUGACACACAUGAUGACCCAACACUGGGGUUCAUUGCUGGACAGUGUCGUUGCAAGGAGCAUGUGCAGGGAGCCCGCUGUGACACGUGCAAGCCUGGCUUCUUUGGACUGAGUGCAGACAACCCACAAGGCUGCCAGCGCUGCCAGUGUGAUCCACGAGGCACAGUGCAGGAUGGGCCCCAGUGCGAUGCUAUCACGGGUGACUGUUUCUGCAAACGGUUGGUGACUGGGCGCAGCUGUAACCAGUGCCUGCCUGAACACUGGGCCCUGAGCCCUGAUCUACAUGGCUGCCGGCCUUGUGACUGUGACGUAGGAGGUGCCCAUGAUAACCAGUGUGCCACUGAAACAGGACAGUGCCGAUGUCACAGCCACAUGGUAGGCAGGCAGUGCAGCCAAGUGCAGACUGGCUAUUACCACAUCAUGCUGGAUCACUACACAUAUGAAGCUGAAGAGGCUGAACUCCGUCAGGGAGCUGAAGUUCUGGAGCGAGUGCAUCUCACAGGCCGCCCAGCUACAUGGACAGGAUUGGGGUUCGCAAGGGUGUUAGAGGGCAGCAUAGUUGAGUUUCGAAUUGACAACCUGCCCUUCACCAUGGAGUAUGACAUAUUGCUGCGCUAUGAACCUCAGCUGCCAGGAAAAUGGGAAGAAGUUAAGGUGUCUGUGAUAAGGCCUGGACCUAUCCCCACCAGCAGCCCAUGUGGAAAUACCAUCCCUGCUGACGACUUGAUGUCUACAUCUUUGCCAGCCACAUCCCGGUAUGUGGUGCUGUCACAGCCAGUCUGUCUGGAGCAAGGGGCCAGCUAUACCAUCCAAGUGGAGUUCACCCGCUAUGGAGGGCAUGGACAUUUACAAGGUGCUGCUAUCCUGCUGGAUUCUUUGGUACUGAUGCCACGUUACUCCUCCCUGGAGAUGUUCAUUGCUGGGGAUGCUGCCUCCAUUGCCCGCAAGGAGACCUUUGAACGCUACCGCUGUGCUCAACAGGCUCGGCCUGUGAUUAAGGCACCUGCCCCAGAGCCUUGUACCCGCUUGCUCACCAGCAUGUCAGCCAUCAUCCACCAAGGGGCAUUGCCAUGCAUGUGCAGCCCGCAGGGCUCACUGAGUUCUGAGUGUCAUCCAAAUGGUGGCCAGUGCCAGUGCAAGCUGCAUGUCAUGGGUCGUCGCUGUGAACGAUGCUCCCCUGGCACCUUUGGAUUCGGGCCUAGUGGUUGCAGAGCAUGCCAGUGCAGCACUGAAGGGUCCUUGAGUGGAUUCUGUGACAACUUCAGUGGACAGUGCACAUGCCGACCUGGUGCCUUUGGUCUCCGCUGUGACCACUGCCAGCCUGGUCACUGGGGUUUUCCAAACUGCCGCCCAUGCCAAUGCAAUGGACGCUCUGAGGAAUGUGAGCCACGGACAGGUAGCUGUUUGCAUUGCCGGGGCCACACAGAAGGAGAGCGAUGCCAGAGUUGUGUCUCUGGAUAUUAUGGGAACCCAUUGCUGGCUUCAGGUGGUCACUGUCGCCCCUGCCCUUGCCCUGAGGCACCUGGCUCUGGACGCCAUUUUGCUGCCACUUGCCAUCAAGACAGCCGCUCUGGAACCGUGGUAUGCAGCUGCCUUGCAGGCUAUACAGGCCCACGCUGUGACGAGUGUGCACCUGGGUAUUAUGGCAACCCUUGGCAGGCUGGGGGACGAUGCCAGCCCUGUGCCUGUAAUAACAACAUAGAUGUGGCCGACCCAGCUUCUUGCGAUCGACGGACAGGCCAAUGCCUCCGAUGCGUCUACCACACUGAGGGGGAUCAAUGUCAAUACUGCCAGGGGGGCUACUAUGGGGAUGCCACUCGGCGCACCUGCCGUCGUUGCUCCUGUAAUUUCCUGGGCACAGUACGCAGCGAGUGCCCAUCACAAGACCAGUGUCAAUGUGAGAAGUACAGUGGGCAGUGCCGGUGCCUGCCCAAUGUCCAAGGGCAGAACUGUGACCACUGUGCUCCCAACUUCUGGAAUAUAGCCAGUGGGCAGGGCUGCCAACCGUGUGACUGCCACCCCCAGUACUCACUGAGCCCCGCUUGCAAUCAGUUUACAGGGCAGUGCCAGUGUCGACCAGGUUUUGGAGGCCAAACCUGCUCAGAAUGCCAGGAAAACCACUGGGGUGAACCAAACCAGCAAUGCAGGGCCUGCGACUGUGAUCCUCGUGGGAUUGAGAAACCACAAUGUCACCGUAUCACUGGGCAUUGUUCUUGCCGGCCAGGCGUGUCAGGUGUGCGGUGUGAUCAGUGUUCCCGUGGCUUUGCUGGUGAAUUCCCUGCCUGCCAGCCAUGCCAUGAGUGCUUUGGGGAUUGGGAUCGUAUUGUUCAGGACUUGGCAAGCCGCACUCGCACCCUGGCCCAGCGUGCCCAACAUCUCCAACAGACAGGCCUCACCGGUGCUUUUGAGGGUGCCUUCCGGCAACUGCAGGAGAAGCUGAGUGCUGCCCAGGCCAUUGUCAAUGCACGCAAUGCCACUGCUGGUGCCAUCACUCACCUCUUGCAUGGCAUGGAUGAGCUGCGGCAGGAGAUAGCUGAUGUAACAGAAACACUAACUCGCCUAGAAGGAUUUCUGACAGCCACCCAGGACAAGAACUUCAAUGCCAACCAUGUCCUGGGCACAUUGGAGCGUGGUGCUCGUGGCCUCAACCUCAGUCUGGCAGAGCUGGCGCGUCAGCUUGAUGCCCUUAUGAAUGCCAAUGUCUUGGGUGCCUAUGACAGUGUCCGCCAAUCCUUUGUGCAGUCACGAGAAGCAGAGCACCGGGCCAACACCUCCACCUUGGUGGUGCCCAACCCUGUCAGCCAGUCAGCAGCUACCCGACGUCGCACAGAACACCUGAUAACAACACGGAGAGAUGCUUUCAACCGGCAGAAUGCAGCCAACCGGAGAGGCUUGACUGACCUCUCGACCCGUAUUGGAGGGCUGAGCCUGCACCAGAUAAAUGAGAAGGUAUGUGGGGCUCCAGGGGAUGCUCCCUGUGCCACCAGUCCCUGUGGAGGGGCUGGCUGCCGUGAUGAAGAUGGCAGGCGGCAUUGUGGGGGGCUCAACUGCAAUGGGGCUGUGGCCACAGCUGAUAAUGCCCUGGACCGGGCCCGUCAUGCUGAAGGAGAGCUUCGCCGUGCUGUAGCAGAUGUGGAUAUCCUGCUGCGUCAGGUGGCUGAAGCAAAGGCCCAGGCAGGGCAGGCAAAGCAAAGAGCGCAGGCAGCUUUGGACAAUGCCAAUGCCACCAAAGCCCGGCUGGAGCGCUCUAAUAAGGAACUGCGAGAUCUCAUCCAGCAAAUCAAAGGAUUCCUGAAUCUUGAGGGGGCUGAUCCUGACAGCAUUGCCCUAGUAGCUUCUCGUGUGUUGGAACUCUCCAUCCCAGCAUCCCCUGCUCAAAUCCACCAUCUUGCUGAACAGAUCAAGGAGCGUGUCAGCAGCCUGGCUAAUGUGGAUGCCAUCUUGGACCAAACAGCAGGGGAUGUCCGAGUGGCAGGGCAGCUGCUGCAGGAUGCACGCCGUGCCAAUGCUCGAGCAGAAGGUGUAAAGAGUGCAGCUCAAGCCGUGAAGAAAGCUCUUGAUGAUGCCAAACGGGCCCAAAGUGCUGCCGAGAAAGCCAUACGUGAUGCAGCCAGUGAUAUCCAUCACACAGAGGAUGUGGUAAACAGGAUCCAGGCAAAGACAGCAAGUGCUGAAGGCCAGUUGGCUGCUGCCAUGGAACGGGUGGGCCACCUCGACCAGCAGGUGGAUGCUCUCAAGAUGAAACGGGCCAAUAACAGCCUGGCAGCUACAAGAGCUGAGGAGACAGCUAGUGCUGCCAGAGAUCGAGCUGGAGAGGCUGAACAGAUCCUAGAUGGCCCCUUAAGUGACAGGUACCGCACAAUGAAGGAACUUGUGGAACACAAAGCCCAGCAUGUCCUGGGGGCUCGGCAAAAAGCAGAGCGCCUACGAGAUGAAGCCAAGGGGCUGCUGCGUGAUGCUCAUGACAAAUUGCGGCGGCUCAGUGCAUUAGAAGAAACAUAUGAAGAAAAUGAGAGGCUGCUGCAAGAGAAAGCAGCCCAACUGGAUGGGCUGGAAGCCAAGAUGAGAGGCAUCUUGGGAGACAUUAACCAGCAGAUCCAAAUCUACAAUACCUGCCAAUGAUGCAUCAUAUUCUGCAGCUAUGCCUCACUUCCACUGUGUAAACCCCAUCCACCAUCCUCACUUGGGUGCCCUUGCCUUAGUUGUAGUUCAGGCUUCCUCAGCCUAGGGCCCUCUAGAUUGUUACAGACUACAACUCUCAGAAUACCACAGCCAGGUAUGAGAUUCUGGAAAUUGUAGCACAACACAUCCACAUGAGCCCAGUCUGCUCUAGCGAGUGCCUGGAGCACUGUUUCCCUGCAUUCCUUGGCAUGGGUCAUCCUCAUCCCAGCUUCCUAUGCUCCUACAGAAUCCCUAAAGGUGUCACUGUGAUAAAUGCUUUCCCACUAGCAUCCAGCACAUGGGAUACCUAUAUGGGAGCACUUAAGAUGCCAAAGGAAAAGUUUCCAUGUUGAGUUCUGCUGCUGUUUUCUUCUGUACAGUAUUUGAAACAUCUUGAAAUAGAAACACCAGCUACACAUUGGAAUGCUUUUUAUGUAAGUUAUGUCUCAACUGGAGUGGCUUUAUUAUAUUUGUGUGAAAAUAAAACUCAAAGAGGCAUUGCUGUCUGCACCAAACUUC